GAAGUUUCAACUGUAAAUAACGAUAUGAAGUCAUCAUCAUCAUACCCUGCGCUCCCGCGCAAUCUACCACUGCCCCAUUGACACUGCUAACUUACACCGGUCUUCCUCUUCUACGACUAACUAGCCCAACCUCACCUGCAAACACUGCCUUAUCCAUUAACCAUGGAGUCUCGCCUUCUUGAUGUCUCUAAUUUGGCUUGGUCGUCGGGAACUUCUUUAACGUCCACCGCCUAUUCGACAAAAUUCCGCACUGACAAUUCCCACAUUCCAACCCCACAAAUUCGCUGCCUGAAGCGGAGCUCGCCUUCUUCAAAGGGAAUCCAUAAGAACUCCGAUAAGGACCUGUCUCGGAUUUUGCGAACUGAUGCUGCUAUUAAAAACAUUGAGAGAAAAGCAAACUCCAAGAAGUAUAACAAGUUGUGGCCUAAAGCUGUUUUGGAGGCAUUAGAUGAGGCUAUUAGUAAUCAUUUUUGGGAGACUGCGCUAAAGAUUUUUGGACUACUGCGUAUGCAACACUGGUAUGAGCCGAGACGCCAAACAUACACAAAACUCUUGGUGAUGCUUGGCAGGUGCAAGCAACCUCAGCAGGCCAGCUUGUUGUUCGAGAUCAUGUCCUCUGAUGGGCUGCAGCCAACUGUUGGUGUCUACACUGCCCUUGUUAGUGCGUAUGGCCAAAGUGGUCUCUUGGACGAGGCAUUUUCUGCUGUGACUGAUAUGAAAUCAGUCUCUGACUGUGUGCCAGAUGUAUAUACUUAUACUAUUCUCAUUAACUGCUGCAUUAAACACCGCCGUCUUGAUCUGAUUCAACGUGUUCUUGAUGAAAUGUCAUAUUUUGGGAUCGAAUGUAGCACCGUCACAUACAAUACUCUCAUUCAUGGAUAUGGUAAGGCUGAGAUGUUUGAACAGAUGGAGAGUACAUUGACUGAUAUGACUGAAAGUGGCAACUCCCUUCCGGAUGUUUUCACAUUGAAUUCUAUUAUUGGGGCUUAUGGAAACUAUGGCCAGAUUGGUAAGAUGGAGAAAUGGUAUGAUGAGUUUCAGCUUAUGGGGAUAAAGCCAGACGUUAAGACCUUCAACAUCCUGAUAAAAUCAUAUGGGAAAGCAGGCAUGUAUGAUAAGUUGAGCUCGGUUAUGGAGUACAUGGAGAAAAGGUUUUUUUCUCCCAGUGUUGUUACAUUCAACAUAGUCAUUGAUGUACUUGGAAAAGCCAGAGAAGUUUCGAUGAUGGACGAAUACUUCAAGAAAAUGAAACAUAGUGGACUGAAGCCUAACUCUAUCACUUAUUGCUCUCUUGUCAAUGCUUAUAGCAAAGCCGGGCUCAUAGAGAAAGUUGAUUCUAUUUUUAUGCAAGUGGCAAACUCUGAUGCUACACUAGACACACCCUUUUUCAACUGUGUCAUCAAUGCCUAUGGACAAGUUGGCGAUGUCAAUAUGAUACAUGAAUUGUUUUUGUCAAUGAAGGAGAGGAACUGUUACCCUGACAAUAUCACUUAUGCCACCAUGAUCCAAGUCUACAAGGCUCAGGGCAUGACUGAAGCUGCUCAAGCAAUGGAGAGUAAGAUGAUUAACAUAAAGGAGCAUUCAGGUUCAAAGUUGAUUGCAUAGCAACCUCUAAUACAAUUGGAUAGUCCACAAUCUCACCGUGUGGACCAUCCCUACAGGGCCUAAGCAUCUUAUAUGAGCUGUAGUUGGUGCUGACUGUGAUCACUAUUUGAGGACCAUAUUAGAAAGGCCCAAAGUAGAGACUAGCAGAGUUGGCUUUUGGGCUUCAUGAUAACUAUUAAUCUGUCAACUCCUGUGAAGUCUUAAAGUCAAUGAGUUUAAUAUGGUUUGGUUAUUGGACUCCAGCACUGUCAUAUAUGGAGUAGAUUUUCAAGUCAAACAUGGAUUUUGGGCCACUAAGUCUGUCAUCUUAACCAGAAGUAGGCAGACUCAGCCCACUCUAACUAUGCAACCAAUGAUGCAGAUGGCAAUGUACUUAUGAAGUUGGAAGUCUCUCUCUGAGGAUGGUUUGCUAAGACCUUUUAUUCUUCAAAAUCUUGCUUUUCAUUUACUCUGUCUUAAUAGUCUGCUAACAAUAGUUAAUUAGCUAUGUACUUUGUCCAAAAGUAUGUGCAUAAUUCAAAUGAAAAAUAAGGUUGUUUCAAUUGAGUGCUUUGCUUGUUGUCAAUGGCAUUUGAUGAAGAUAAUACAAAAAGUUCUUUACUGCUUUACAUA